GUUCGGCUGUAUACCUUGCAAAUUCCCCUCCCCAAAGUCGCGUCCAUCAUCGUUGCGGCCAUCCCCAACUCGGAUUCCCUCACCGUCGAGCAGGGUUACACUCUCGCGAUGCGUGUCUUGCACGGGCUUAUCGACGUCAACAUCGAGGUCGUCUCGUAUGCGUGUGAUGGAACCGAGACAGAGCGUGGUAUUCAAGAUAUGAUCACCGAGAGGGCGGAGGAUGUACAUGAGUGGGCCGUGAGUUCCAAUGGCAUCGCCGACGAUUUUUGCAUCAAAGUUCCCGUCAUCCACGGGCAGCCCGUCGUAAUGAUCCAAGACUCGAAACACGCUCUCAAGACACUCCGCAACAAUUUAUUCUCGGGUGCACGCCUUCUCGUCUUUGGUGAACAUGUCAUCGGAUACGAUGCAAUCCACGACAUCGCGUUCCGCGAUGGAAGUCCCUUAUAUCACCGCGAUGUCAUCCGGCUCGACCGACAAGAUGAUAACGCCGCUGCCCGACUCUUCUCCGCCUCCACUCUCUUGUUUAUCAUCAAUAACACACCGGAGUACGUCGGUGAAGUUGUUUAUCUCUUCGUCUUCGGCGAACUUGUCGACGCGAUCCAAAAUCGCUCCAUCUCCCAUGGCCAGCGUGCUCAGAUGGCUCUUCGUGCAUGGCAUUUCCUCCGCCUUUGGACCUCAUAUCUUGACCUCGCCGGGUACGCUCAUACAAAGUACUGCCUAUCACGAGAGGCAAUAGACAUUGUGAAGAAGGUUGUUGAGGGUUACCUUGGACUUCUCCUCGUCCAUCGCGAGAAAAUAUCGUUGGAACAUUUUCCGUUUCUUCCUUGGCUCCAUUCAAGUGAACCUUGCAAGCAUGUAUUCGCAGAGGCUCGGAAGAUCGUCAAGGACUUCUCAAUGCUCGAGUUCUACUACAUGAUCAAGAAGCUCCAUGUGACAAUCCGACAAGCAGUCGUGCGAGGACAUUCCUCCGACCCAACCGCUCGAGCUCAAGGUUACUGCCACACGUACUUCGACACCACUAGCAUCGACCUUCACGUUCUCGCCAUCUUUCCAUCCUUACAGGAUCUCAACCGCAUCACCUCCCUCGCCCGUUCAGAAGCUGAGAACCUCUGGUCGCUUCUCGGUGUUACGCCGACCUCCUUCCAGUCGGCCGCACUCUCCAGAUCAACCGCGAGAACUUUGCCGAGUAUCUCUAAAUGGUACAUUGACGAAUCCGAAGACGAUGACGGUAUCAAGAGCGAAGAGAAUGAGGAGGAAGAGGGUAGUCGCGCAAAGCUCCAAAAGCUCUUCGACCUUGACACGCGAGGAGAACUGAGACCACCGGGCGCAACGUAUGCGCAAGAUGCACACGUAGCACAGUUCGCGUUUGCUGCAACGGCUGUCGACUACGACGAGCUGGGCCGAAUGUGCGUGAUAAACCUUGAAGACCAUGCCGUCGAGGGUCUUACAUCGCUGGGUUUCGCUUCGUUCGACAUGUCGGCACUGGUUUCGACUCGGAAGUCUCAUGAGACUCACCAGGCAAAGCGAGGAGUACGCACCGCUGGUCCUCAGAGGAGCGAAGAGAAUCCAGCGGACUUGGCCCGCCGUCAGUUGCUCCGGGGAAUGCAUGAUGUCUUGAAGGAGCAGCAAGGCCGUGGCGUCGGCACUGGACAGGAACGUGCUGUGCGUUGGACAACACGAGAUGAGCCGGCAACAGGGAAUGCUGCAAAUGCAGUGGUGACGGCUAAUGCAGCCGCAAAGAAGGCCCUCGUUAAACGACGCGCGGUAUUCAGGAAGGCUAAAGUCUCGAUUCUUGAUGAAUUGAGUAGCGCGAAAAUGUCAUCACUGACUCCAUUACGUCGAGGCGAGUACGGGAUCGUUCUCGCUUCCACGGGACAUCUCAUGAUUGCCCGAGUGUUAUUCAUCUAUUCGAAGAGCGCUGGCAAGAACGCCAAGCACGCCUCCGUCCCAGACACUCCCAACAUCGGUGCUGUGUCGAAUCUCGCCGUUCAGCUCUACGAACACCACUUCGGCAAUCAGUUCCGGGCCAUACACAGGUCGCUGGCCGACAUCCAAACUCCCAAGUUCGCGCUUAUACCACCAAUCACCUUCCUU